AAACUACUGCCUCUAUCAGACUUUGUUUUUUCCUUGUCCAAUAAGCACACCAUUAGAUUCUUGAAAGACAGAAAUUAAAUCUUUCCUUUUCACAGCCUUCUUCUCCUUCUUCUUCUUCUUCUUCCUGUAGCUGUGCUCUCUCUCUCUCUCCUUUGAAAAUCUUUUCUUUUUCUUUUUUUCUUUUCUUUAGCUUUUUCUUUUUUUUUUUUUCCUUUUUUAGUUAAAAGGGAGACGUCUAGUUUUGAAAUUAGAGUGAACCCGUUUGUGGAAAAGUCAUUUAAGCAUUUGUGUUGGGUUAACAGGAAGCUUUUACUUGGCUUAUAAGUGAUGUUGUUUCUGUUCCUAGUAAUGCUAGUUUCAGUUUUUUUUUUUUUUUUUCCUUGGAGAGGUUCAUGGUCAUGGGUCUAUCUCUAGAUUGGUAAAGUUUCUUUCUUUGUGAAGCUUUUCGCUAAGUUAUAAUUUAAAGCUUUAAUCUUGGGAUCUGGGUGCAGUUUAUUGUUGCUUAAUUAAGUAAUUGUUGAUUUAUAGGUGGCUUUGGGAUAUGUGUUUGAAGUUUCUUCACUUGGGUGACCCUUUUUUUCUUGCUCUCACACUCACUCCCUUCAAGAAAGAGAGAGACAGUGGUUUUAGUAGUACAACAACAUUUUAAAUAUAGGUUUAAGGGGUUUGUUGAUUUUAGUCAAGGGUUUUGGUUUCAAGUGGGGACUAAGAUCCCAGUUUUCUUCACUAGCUUCACUAAUUUAUUAUUAUUUUUAUUAGUAUUUUAUUUAAAAGGAUCAAGUAUUAUUGCUUCCCUUUCAAGUUGCUAUCUUGGGUGGUCCUCGUUUCCUGAUUCCUAAUUAGGUGUUUUGUACUUGAAGUUUCUUUAUUUGGGAGUUCUUUUUUUUGUGAAAUGGGCAGCUCUUAAUAAAAUCAAUUAAGCUUCUGGGUUUCCUAGUUAGUGUUCUUGAGAUUUGAUUUCUUGUGGGGAUUGGCGAUUCCUAUUAAUUUUACUUCUUUUUGUUUGUUGCUUCAUUUGCAAUUUGCAGCUUGCAAGUUGCUUUGCUUUCUAGAGGUUCUCUGGGAUGUUGGUGUCCAAGAUUCUUCAUUUGGGUUUCUUUUUGAAAAGUGGUGUCUAUCCAAAAAGGAUACCAGCUUCAAUUGGUUGGUUCUGGCUUGAUUUCAGCUGGGGCUAAUCUUUGAUUUCAGUAAUGAUGGUGCUGGGCAUUGCUCCAAUGAGUUUCCUCAAAUGGGUAUUCUUAGCUUGCUUUAUUUAUUCAUCUUUGGGUCUCAAUACCCUGCCUAAAUUUUGUGAUCCAAGUGAUUUUUUGGCACUGAAGGAAUUUGCUGGAAACCUCACAAAUGGAUCCAUUAUCACUGCAUGGUCUGACAAAUCCAAUUGCUGUCACUGGGAUGGUGUUGUAUGUGGAAAUAAUGGCAAUGGUUCGACUGUUAGUAGAGUGACUAUGCUAAUGCUGCCAAGAAAGGGUCUCAAGGGGAUAAUCUCGCGCUCUUUGGGUCGUUUGGAUCAGCUGAAGUCACUUGAUCUCUCUUGCAAUCAUCUCCAGGGUGAAAUGCCUAUGGAUUUCUCGAGGCUGAAGCAGUUGGAGGUUCUUGAUUUGAGCCAUAACAUGCUAUCAGGACAGGUUUCAGGGGUGCUAUCUGGUUUGUCAUCUCUUCAGUCAUUCAAUAUUUCUAGCAAUCUGUUCAAAGAGGAUGUGUCUGAACUUGGGGGAUUUCCUAAUGUAGUUGUGUUCAACAUGAGCAACAACUCAUUCACUGGCCAAAUACCUUCUCAUUUUUGCAGUUCCUCGAGUGGAAUUCAGGUUCUUGAUUUAUCAAUGAACCAUCUUGUGGGCAGUCUUGAAGGCUUAUACAAUUGCAGCAAAUCUCUUCAGCAAUUGCAGUUAGAUUCCAAUUCACUUUCAGGUUCCCUUCCAGAUUACUUGUAUUCAAUGUCAUCUCUGCAGCAAUUUUCAAUCUCCAACAACAAUUUCUCUGGCCAGUUAAGCAAAGAAUUAAGUAAGCUUUCUAGCCUUAAAACCUUGGUUAUUUAUGGAAACCGGUUUUCAGGCCAUAUUCCCGAUGUGUUUGAUAACCUUACACAGCUAGAACAAUUUGUUGCUCAUUCCAAUUUGUUGUCUGGGCCAUUGCCUUCUACACUGGCACUUUGCUCAGAGCUUUGCAUACUUGACCUUAGAAACAACUCCUUAACUGGUCCAAUCAAUCUUAAUUUCACUGCAAUGCCUAGACUUUCUACUCUUGAUCUUGCCACUAAUCAUUUGUCUGGCCAACUUCCAAAUUCUCUAUCUGAUUGCCGUGAAUUGAAAAUUUUGAGCCUGGCUAAAAAUGAGUUGUCUGGCCAUAUCCCUAAGAGUUUUGCAAACCUCACAUCCCUCUUGGUUCUCACUUUGUCAAACAAUAGUUUUACAGACCUCUCAGGAGCUUUAUCUGUAAUGCAAGAAUGUAAAAAUCUCACCACCCUUAUCCUCACAAAGAAUUUUGUUGGUGAGGAAAUUCCCAGAAAUGUAAGUGGGUUUCAGAGUUUGAUGGUCUUGGCACUUGGCAAUUGUGCUCUGAGGGGCCAGAUCCCAGAUUGGUUAUUAAACUGCAGGAAGUUAGAGGUUCUUGAUUUAUCAUGGAAUCAUUUAGAUGGUAAUGUCCCUCCGUGGAUUGGUCAGAUGGAGAAUUUAUUCUACUUGGACUUCUCAAAUAACUCUCUCACUGGAGGGAUCCCAAAAAGCUUGACUGAGCUAAAGAGCCUUAUUUAUAUGAAUUGCAGUUCAUACAAUCUCACUUCUGCUAUCAUUCCAUUAUAUGUGAAGAGAAACAGGAGUGCUAACGGUUUGCAAUAUAACCAGGCCUCAAGCUUCCCUCCUUCAAUAUUAUUGAGCAACAACAGGAUAAGUGGGAAAAUUUGGCCUGAAAUUGGACAGUUGAAAGAGCUCCAUGUCUUAGACCUGAGCAGGAAUGAAUUAACUGGGAUAAUACCUAGUUCCAUCUCAGAAAUGGAGAACUUGGAAGUUUUGGAUUUGUCAUCCAAUGGUCUAUAUGGAUCAAUUCCUCCAUCGUUCGAGAAGCUGACAUUUUUAUCAAGAUUUAGCGUGGCUAAUAAUCACUUGAAGGGGCAAAUUCCAACUGGAGGACAGUUCUCUAGCUUUCCGACUUCAAGCUUUGAGGGUAACUUGGGACUUUGUGGAGGAAUAGUUUCGCCCUGCAAUGUCAUUACAAAUAUGCUGAAGCCUGGUAUUCAAUCUGGCUCAAACAGUGCGUUUGGUCGAGCAAACAUCCUGGGGAUAACAAUCACCAUAGGAGUUGGGCUUGCACUGAUCCUUGCAAUUGUUUUGCUUAAGAUUUCAAGGAGGGAUUAUGUGGGAGAUCCAUUUGAUGAUUUGGAUGAGGAAGUCAGCCGGCCCCACAGAUUAUCUGAAGCUCUUGGGUCUUCCAAGUUGGUGCUAUUUCAGAAUUCAGAUUGCAAGGAUCUCACAGUUGCGGACUUGUUGAAGGCGACAAAUAAUUUCAACCAAGCAAACAUCAUUGGUUGUGGUGGAUUUGGGCUGGUUUACAAGGCCAGCCUUCCCAAUGGUGCCAAAGCUGCAAUUAAGAGGCUAUCUGGAGACUGUGGUCAGAUGGAACGAGAAUUUCGUGCUGAAGUGGAAGCACUUUCGAGGGCUCAACACAAGAACCUGGUUUCUCUUCAAGGUUAUUGCCGACACGGUAAUGACAGAUUGUUGAUUUACUCAUACAUGGAAAAUGGAAGCUUGGAUUACUGGCUACAUGAGUGUGCUGAUGGGGCCUCAUUUCUUAAAUGGGAAGUAAGACUCAAGAUAGCCCAAGGCGCAGCAUCUGGGUUAGCUUACCUGCACAAAGUCUGUGAGCCUCAUAUAGUUCAUCGAGACGUGAAAUCCAGUAACAUACUUUUAGAUGAAAAAUUUGAAGCACACUUGGCUGAUUUUGGCCUUUCAAGACUACUUCGGCCUUAUGAUACUCAUGUUACAACUGAUUUGGUUGGCACUUUAGGUUAUAUUCCUCCUGAAUAUAGUCAAACACUGACCGCAACCUGCAGGGGAGAUGUUUACAGUUUUGGUGUUGUUCUUCUUGAGCUUCUUACUGGCAGAAGGCCAGUGGAAGUUUGCAAAGGAAAAAACUGCAGGGAUUUAGUUUCCUGGAUGUUUCAGAUGAAGUAUGAAAAAAGAGAGACAGAGAUCAUAGACUCAUCAAUUUGGAAUAAAGAUCUCGAGAAGCAGCUGUCUGAAAUGCUUGAAAUUGCAUGCAGAUGCUUAGACCAGGAUCCGCGGCGGAGGCCUCUAAUUGAUGAGGUUGUUUCAUGGCUUGAUGGUAUUGGAAUUCAAGGUGCUCAGUAAAUUUGAUUUCUGCAAAUUUGUUCUUGGUGAUUAGUUUCAAUUGGGUUGGAAAUGGGAAGGUAUACCUGUAAAGCAAACACUAUUUCAAGUUUCUGAAAGGCUGGAGCAACUCUUGACCAAGUGAUUUUGGUUUCCUUUUUUUUUUAUUCCCAUGAAAACAAUCUUUACUGUUGUAUACUAACAAUUGAGCUGUGUAUAAAUAGGCUGUUUUGGCCAUUAAUAUAUCAGAAAUAACUUUGUUUUCCA